UUUUCAUAAAAGUCUCAGAUAGACAGUUCCUUUUAGGGCCGUUUCUAUUUCGUUUGUACACCGCUAGAAGUUUUACUCUUAUGGCAUCGCAGGACAACGAAGUUCCACCUCCACACGAACACUUGAACCUACCGCUUGACAGGGACUGGGACUAUGUGUCCACCUUCGCCCCCUAUCCCCUGCCGGAGGAGAAUGGACCACUCAGGCUACAAUACCUGGUGACGAACCGGAAGACUCCCUUCGUGGAGAUGUACAUCACCUCCUUUGUCUCCGCGUGCAGUGCCGAGGUUGUGGGCUAUCCCUUCGAUGUGUGCAAGACUCGGAUGCAGAUCCAGGGUGAGCUAGCCAGCAAGCCGGGAGCUGGUCAGGAGGCGAGAUAUCGAGGCCUCUUGGCGACCGCCCAUGGCAUCAUUAGGGAGGAGGGCGUCCACAAGUUAUACGGCGGCAUCUCCGCCAUGAUUUUGCGCCACACCUUCUUCAGCGGGAUCAAGAUGCUCAUCUACGACAACAUCCGCGAGAAGGUGAUUGUGGCCGGCAAGGAUGGCCGGCCGCGUCUCACAUUCCUGGGCUCCUCCAUCAGCGGGAUUGCCGCUGGGGCUGGAGCCAACAUUGUCACCGUUCCCAGUGACCUCAUCAAGAUUCAGAUGCAGAUGGAGGGCAAGCGCCGCCUGAUGGGAGAACCUCCGCGCAUCCACAACGUUUUCCAAGCUCUGACUUCCAUUUAUCAAACGGGUGGAAUCGUGGGUCUCUGGAAAGGAACCGUACCCAGUACCUGGUGUGCCGCCCUGGUUACUUUGGGGGAUGUUAGCUUCUAUGAUCUGAGCAAAAGAUCUCUGAUGAGGGUCCUCGACCAGCCAGAUAGUAGGGGUAUCCAGUUUCUGUCCGCCAUUAUAGCCGGAUUUGCGGGCGCCGGACUGAGUACGCCGGCGGAUGUGAUCAAGUCACGGAUCAUGAACCAGCCGACAGAUGCCUGGGGCCGAGGACUGCACUACAAGGGCGCCCUGGACUGUCUCAGCAAGCUGCUGAAACAGGAGGGUCUAAUGGCCAUGUACAAGGGAUUCAUACCCUACUGGCUGCGCGUUAGUCCCUGGUCGAUGGUCUUUUGGAUGACCUUUGAACAGAUCCGCCGCCAUCGGGGCGUUGAGGGCUACUAACUUGGGUGAUCUCAGUCGCCUUUCGAUUGUUACCCGUUUCCCCUUAAACGUGAAGUUUCAAAUUGUAGCACAGUGUACACACAGUAAAGCAUAUAUUUUGUAAUACACUAUCCAUGGUUGGUAGAAUGGACAAGGACAGUGAUGAGUACUGGCAUCUGAGACCCAUAUAUAGCGACGAUUAUCCCAAAUUCCCUCCCAUUAAUGUGGUGGAGCCCCUAUCGGCUCGCAAUCUUUUCCAGCUUUAUGUCAAUGCCUUCAUUGGCUCCAAUUUCGCCGAAUCGUUUGUGUUUCCGCUGGACGUGGCCAAAACCCGGAUGCAGGUUGAUGGUGAGGAGGCCAAAAGAUCGGGUACUAAGAUGCCCAAUUUUUUUGGCACUUUACGUAACAUGUGGAAAGUGGAGGGCUUCAAGUCGAUGUACGCCGGAUUCUCGUCGAUGGUUACCCGGAAUCUGCUCUUCAACUCGGGACGUGUGGUCUUUUACGACAUCUUCCGGCGACCCUUUCUGUACAUCAACGAGCGCAACGAGGAGGUCCUUAGCGUCACAGCCGCCUUGGGCUGCGGCUUCACAGCCGGAUGCAUUGCCCAGGCCAUAGCCAAUCCCUUCGACAUUGUCAAGGUGCAGAUGCAGACGGAGGGCAGGCGCCUCCAGCUGGGCAAGCCGGCACGGGCCAGCAACAUGUUUCAGGCGUUCGCGGACAAUUACAGAUCUAGCGGCCUGCCCGGAAUGUGGCGGGGCAUCGGACCCAGCUGCUUCCGGGCCUGCAUGAUGACCGCCGGGGACGUGGGCAGCUACGAUCUGAGCAAACGCACCUACAAGCGCACAUUCCAGCUGGAGGAGGGAUUGCUUUUGCGCUUCUACUCUUCCAUGACGGCAGGAUUCGUGGCCUCCGUGCUCAGUUGUCCGGCGGACGUGCUCAAGUCCCGGAUGAUGAACCAGCCUUUGGACAAGGAUGGCAAGAAUCUUUACUACAAAAACACAUUGGAAUGCCUGAGGAUUAUUGUGAAGGAGGAGGGCCCGAUUAUCCUGUAUAAGGGAUUGUGGCCAACCUGGUUUCGACUGGGGCCGUUCUCCGUGCUCCUUUGGCUAUCGAUCGAGCAGCUCCGGGAAUGGGAGGGCCAAUCGGGAUUCUGAUACUGGAGAUUAGAGAUGCGGCUGUUUUACGAAAGAAAACAAGGGUCCAGAUCAAAAUUCCUGAUGUUUUACACUUACGGGGGAUAUUUCAAAAUUAUUGUAAAUAAUUGUACCAAUCUGGAUGUUAUAUAACCAGUACUUGUAGUAAAUUUUUGCAAAUGUAAUGACAUAAGCUUUAUAUUUUUGUUACGAAAAUGUAGUUAAAAUUGUAUACAAAUUAUAUAUUUUUAAAUUGAUUUUAAUGUCUAUAUUUCUUGUUCUUAAAAUGAGGAUUUAAUGGAAUUAUUAAGGUUUAAAUCCAAUUAUAUUUUUUAGAAAGAUUAUGUAGAAUUCAGAAACCCUCUACUUGAACUAUUUUUUCAAAAUUUUAGUGAGAAAAACUAGAAUAAAUCGAAACUCAACCGUUAGCAAGAACACGCGCCUAAAAUUGCGAAGAAUAGGAAGCCCCAAACACCACUAACGAUAAUUAUUGGGAAUAUUUUUUGGUGAUUAAUUAAACGGCGGAAAAAUACUGACUGAAAAUCACCUUGAAAUUUAUCCAAGAUCUAGAUUUUAUCUCUAAACCGAAAGAUAUAUUUAAAAAUGCCAAGAAAUAUUCACAUGCAAUGCCCAAAAUUUAUGGGGCAGGUGGACAAGGAUCUCCUCCGGCUGUCAAAAACGCAAGUGUAAGCAAAAAAAAAAAAAAUUAAUUGCAGAGAAAUAUUUAUUUUUGGAAGAUAUUUUUCGACUCACACCCAUUGCCACAGAUAAUGCAGGCACGAAAAUAACCUACUUGACCUUUAAUUAAAUUAAACCAUAAAAGACCAGUGCUUUGACUUUGACAAUCGCGAUAAUCGAACAGAGUUCAAUGAUCUAUCGAUUACCGAUAGCCCCCAGCCCCAGCCCCAGUCCAGAACCCACAACCCAAAAAAAGAAUAAUGCGCCGUAUGCUAAUUUUCAUGAGGAGCUUUUCGUUUGUCUCACUCGCCUUUUUUUUAUUUCAAUAGUAUUAAAGUAUCGUAUUAUAUAUUUUGCUUUUUUUUAUAUCCGUAAAUUAUGCAUUCGGUUUUCAUUUCACGUUUCGUUUGCAUGUAGUUUGGGCUGGAGGUUGGAGGAUCAGGAUAGAUCGGAUGGGUUAGACGGAUCAGGACGUGGAUUCUGGGGGGGGAUCUCUGGGGAAAGUUCUAUAAAGUUUCUGUUCGCGAAAGAAGACUUUAGAUUAGCUUAAACAUAAAAAAAUAAGCCAUUUAAAUAUGAAUAUGGUUACACAUGCACUUUGUUGUUACGGCUAGCGUUAUGUAAGUGGUAGGUGAAUGGCAUCCAGAUAGGGGGGAAGGUUCAGCAAUAUAUAUUCCUGAGGCGGAAACUGCUAUAUGCUAAUGAUUUCAGAGCGAUAUACACAUACUUUUGCUAGGAUUUCGUAUGAAACAUGGAAAGCAACGCUUCAAAAAAGGAGUGAGAGAGCUACCUACAAUAGAUGAUAUUAGAGUGACACAUAUGGCGGGAAAAUACUUGACAUGAUCUGAAUAUGAACACUUAUAUAUGAUGGUGCCUUGGCGCGUAUCUGGUAUAAAAAAGAUGGAAACACCACUGCGAACUGCCACUCUGUUGUGUAUUCAUGAGAUACUUCCAUUUUUGUUUUCGUUUUCACCACAAUAAAAAUAGAGCAUCGUCAUGGAUCUCCAAAUAGUUUACAUAUAUAAAUAUAUAUAUAUAGAUAUAUUUAAUUUAUAUUGGUUGGUAUUUUCCUGUGUCUAUGUGUGUGUCUUAUGUGUGUGUGUUUAGUUUCCUCUCAUUCCCUUCGAUUCAUUUCCGUUGGCCUCCAACUAUUUCCCUCGUAUCUGGCCUGGCGCUGCCCUCCUUCCUACGGGUCGGGUCGGUCUGUUCUGGUAUGGUCUGUCAGCUGAAAUCUUCCCUCACUCUCUCUUUUCUUAAUUUUUUUCCUUUUUUUUUUUUUAUAAAACCUGCGUGUGUACGUUUUGUAUAAAUAUACAAGAACAGCAGUAUCGAUUGUGUAUACAUUUCUAUAUAAAAAUCGUUUCAAAAAUUUGCCUGUUUUUUUUUUUUUAAUUUUGUAUUGAUGUUAAUUCUUAUAUAUUUUUUUUUGUAAUUUUUUUUUUAUUUUUUACUUUUGCGUUGUUUAUUUAGCAGUUCUUGUUUACGCAUUUUGUAAGGAUGUUUUAGUUUAGUAUCCACUUUAAUGACUGAGUUCUUAGUUAUGCUUUGAUUUAGUUUUAUGUUUUUCCUUUUAUUUUGUUUUUAUCAUAUAAACCAAAAAGUUUUAAAUAUAAUAAUGCAGAAAUUUAUAAUUUGGAGUUUUGGGUAAUUAUUUGCGUUUUUUUCACAUUAUUUUAGCAUUUUUCCUCGUUUCUCCUUCAUCUUCUUCUGAUACACACAAAAAAACCGCAAAUUACUCUUCUUGGCCGUUGUUUUUUUUUUCCAUAAAUUUAAAUAUUAAUAAUUACUUUUUUUUUAUGUGUUUUUUAGUUCAUUUACGGUUUUUU